AUGCUGACCUGCCAUGUGGUCAGUAAUGGUCGAGGAGCAGGGGGCGCUGGCGGGGAGGCCUGGCUAGCGGGGGCUGCCCUGCGGGGGCGCUGGCGGGGAGGCCUGGCUAGCGGGGGCUGCCCUGCGGUGCUUCAGUGUGCCGUCGUCCCACUUCCAGGUCUGCUGACCGGUGUGGUUGUGGACUCUGGCGAUGGCGUAACUCACAUCUGCCCCGUUUACGAGGGCUUCUCCCUGCCUCACCUGACCCGGCGGCUGGACAUCGCUGGAAGGGACAUAACCCGGUACUUGAUCAAGCUGUUGUUGCUGAGGGGCUACGCCUUCAACCACUCGGCCGACUUCGAGACGGUGCGCAUGAUGAAGGAGAAGCUCUGCUACGUGGGCUACAACAUCGAGCAGGAGCAGAAGCUGGCCCUGGAGACCACAGUGCUGGUGGAGUCCUACACGCUCCCUGACGGAAGGGUCAUCAAGGUCGGCGGCGAGAGGUUCGAGGCGCCCGAGGCCCUCUUCCAGCCCCACCUGAUCAACGUGGAGGGCGUGGGUGUGGCCGAGUUGCUCUUCAACACCAUCCAGGCGGCAGACAUCGACACCAGGGCGGAGUUCUACAAACACAUCGUGCUGUCAGGCGGGUCCACCAUGUAUCCUGGACUUCCUUCACGGCUGGAGCGUGAGCUGAAGCAGCUCUACUUGGAGCGUGUGCUGAAGGGUGACGUGGACAAGCUGUCGAAAUUCAAGAUCCGAAUCGAGGACCCCCCUCGCCGCAAGCACAUGUUUCCCACUGAGUUUGUGGCAGCUGAGAGUGUAUGA